AUGUGCUCGCCUCAUCUCAAAGUCUUCGACCAUAUCGUCUACGUGAGCGGGGUUCGUGUGACGCAAGCUGACGUAGCGCAAACGCUGUUGGUAAAGAGCAUGAAGGAGACCGGCCGCGUCGACCUGGUCAUUGGCCGUCCUACUUCCCGUCCGGCGAUUGCUGCUGCAAUGAUUACCUUGGCGCAAGAAGAUGCUCAUGAUCCGCCUUCUGUCAGGCUGAAUGUGGAUGUGCAGCAAGUGAUGCGGCAGCAGAUCUUGAAUAUGGCAGCUUUGGCGCAAUUCCAGCCUCCGGCCGUGCUUCGUAAUGGUCCCACACCGCCUCAACCGAACAGCCGUCGCAUCACCUUCACUGGAAACAACGAGAUCGUCCCGAUCCAGAGUGAUAAUGUUGGCCGCCAGCUGCGCCGAGUGACGACAGGAAUUCCGAAUUCCCCAAUACGGCAGAGGUAG